AUGAGCUCAGGCUCUGCUGUCCCUAUAACUACAGAUAUGCCCCCCAUACACAUAUGUGCACAGAUUUCUGCAGUUCUGUCCCAAGCCCUGGCAGCAGAAAACACUCAGGUGACUUUAGAUCUGACAGCAAAGCUCUCCAAGCGUCAAGGAAUGAGCUCCAUUAAAGAAGGCCUAGGCAUUGUCUACUUCACUAUGCUUUCGUUUGGAAUCCUGGGGAACAUGACCCUUCUUUAUCUACAUGGCCUUAAGUACCUCACUGGUCACAGGAAAAAACUGAUAAGCCUAAUAAUCAGCAAUUUGGCCUUUGCCCAUGUCUUGAUGAUUCUUUUAAGGGGCAUUACUAUAAUAAUAAACACUUGGGGAUGGAAUUCUUUCCUAGAUGAGACAAUGGGUAAAAUCUUAAAUUACUUCAUAAGAGUGACCCAGAGUCUUUCUCUUUGCAACACCUGUCUCCUCAGUGUCUUCCAGGCCAUCACCAUCAGUCCCAGCAGCAUUAAGUGGGCAGAGGUUAAAACAAGAGCCCAAAAGUGUAUUCCUUCCUGCUGUAGCCUGAGCUGGAUUUUCAGUCUUCUUCUUGAUGUUGCUGCACCUAUGAAUUAUAGCAGUGUAGGGAACAGCAGUAAUGCGCGAUGGAGGAUUGGGCAAAUUUCUUUUGACUUGCAAGCCACAAGCAUUAUGAAAAUUUUAAUUUGUGAGACAGUUGUUGAUGCUGUGUUUGUGGGUCUCAUGAUUGGCUCCAGUGGCUACAUGGUGUCUGUCCUGCACAGACACAGCCAGCAAGUCCAGCACAUUCACAGCAUCAGUCUCUCCUCCAGAGCCUCCCCUGAGACUAGCGCCGCCAAAGCCAUCAUAAUGCUGGCCAUAACCUUUCUCUGCUUUAACUCAGCCAGUUCACCUUUCAUCAUUUAUACAGCUUCUGCUAGAGAAACCAGACACUGGGGGCCACAUUUCACAGUCCUGCUUUCCUUGUUUUAUCCAAUAGUCAGCCCUUUCAUGCUGAUCACCAUUGACACCCAAAUUCACAAGUCUUUUGCUACUCUCUCAUAUCUCAAGAGACCAUUUCAGAAAGGACUCUCUAGUUGA